AUGGUGUCCCUGACUUUCGAAAGCCUUCCGGUGGAGUUAGUCGAAGAAGUUGUUAGUCGGCUAGACCUCCACGAUCUCUGUGCACUGCGCCUGACUGGACGCACUGUCUCUUCAAAAUCAUCCAAUGCUACCUUUCGGAACUAUUUCCUUUCCAAGAAGUUGGAAAUCGCAGAAGCCCCGCUUGAAAACUUCGCUCUCGUUACCAAACCAGGACGUUUCGGCCUCUGGAUCCAGCAUCUCACUCUGUAUGCAAUCACUAAAGAUGAUGAUACCGGAGGAAUAUCCCUCGCCAGUCCCAGGGUGAUCGAGUUACUAGCGCAAGGCUUCCUGAACAUACGCGAUAAUUCUCCGCAUGGUGGACCCUUGUCUAUCACUCUCAAGAUAAUUGGGGACGGCUAUAUGAGGGAUUUUGCUGCUCCAGUGUUCAAUGUGACCCUGUCAGCCCUCAGGGGUACUGGACUACCCAUUAGAUCAUUGGAUGCGUUUGCGGAAGGUUAUUCCCACAACCACGGGGGUUUCUGUAGUAUCCCUUUCAGCGAGAUCACGGGGGCAUUUUCCGGCGCCGGCGCGGCAGACCUACACAGCCUUGCGAAGACCUUCCAGCCGUGCACGAAAUUAUGCCUAAGCUUGGCGCACCAUAUACAUACAAUCGACUCCGAUAGUAUCCGAGAACUACAUAACGACAAUGAAGACGAAGAUUUCGAAUUGCCACCGAGUUACGAGGAAGCCAGAGUAAAUACCCAGAAACUUUGUGACCUUGUGGGCCUAUGCCCCACUCUCCAAGAGCUGUAUUUGGUGUGGGAGUAUGAUGACUUCGAAGAGACAGCCGGGGUCAGGGAAGAAUUGUACUUCUUCUCUCGGUUAGCAGAAUCAUGCCAAUUCCCGAGCUUGAGGCAGUGUACAUUGCACAAUAUCCGAAUGUCCGAGGAAGCGCUUCUAACCUUCUUUCGUCAACUUACUCGGCUGGUGUAUUUGAGGUUGGAAUAUGUAUCUGUUGAAGGUGAAUUCGACGACCUAUUCAGACUUUUGUCCACUUCAAUGCCGGAAUUGAAUUACUUGCAUCUCCGAGGCCUUUAUUCUUCGUCUGGGACCCUUCGCUUCUUGAACGAACACCCCGAGAAUAGACUGAGACAUCCAACCGGUCGUGCACCACCUGGUAUAAUUCGGAGAGGGUCCGACGCUAGGCGGCUGGUCGUAGCCAGGGCAAGGUAGAAGGACAUGGAUCCUCUAUAGAUACGAAGAGAUGUGUACAUAACCCCCAAGGAAUAGUGGAAUGAUCCUUCGCGUGUAAUUAGAA